CUUAUGUAUAUUAUGUAUUUAUAUAUAUGAGAAGAAAGAAGUGGAAAUGGAAGUAAAAUGGAAGAAACUUCCAAAACGUAAAUUCAAUUCUGUAGUAGAUUUGGCUUUUAUAAUGCUUUCAUUAUUUGGCGAACUUAUUGAUGUUUCAUCAGUGGUGUAUAUAAAAAACAAUAAAUGUGUAGUGUAAUACACGUGUUUUUAAUGAUAUAACCUUAUUUCCAAUCAUACAUUUGUAUUACAUUCGUAAUACAGGAUGACAUCUCGAGAAAUAUUAACUAUUCAAUUAGGGCAUUAUUCUAAUUUUAUCGGAACCCAUUGGUGGAAUAUACAGAGACAAGUUACUUAUACUCCUAGAUUGCUGUUGGUUGAUUUGAGAGAAGCAGUUGGAUAUUUGAAAGAACAAGGAACUUUGUAUAAUACUCCUCAGUCAGAAGAAGCCCAACAAUCUUUGUGGGAUGAUACAAAAGUAGAGGUCUUAAAAGAAGAAACAGUUAAUAAAUCGCCGUUUAUUAAAAGCUUAGAUGAAUCUUCUGAAGCUCAGAAUCCAACAUCAUCGUCGCUUAGUUUGGAAAAUAAUAUCAAUUCAUGGGUAGAUUAUUUGUUACCUAGAUUUCACCCUAGGACAUUGAAUGUCAUCAAACAUCAUAAACAUGAUGGCGCGAUGUAUCCAUUUGGUAUUUUUACUUACGGAAGGAAUUUAUGGAAUACAGAACAAUUUUCAGAUGAUUUUUCUGAAAGAAUAAGAGCUUAUGUCGAAGAAUGUGACUUAAUGCAAGGUUUUCAGAUAAUUCUAGAUUCUGUGGAUUGUUUCGCUGGAAUUGGAGCAUCAUGUAUGCAACAUUUAAAAGAUGAAUACGGGAAAAGUAUUAUAUCAUUUCCAUGUAUAGACAGUAAAAGGACUGAACCUUCUGCAUCUAAUAUGAUUAAAAUACUCAAUACAGCUUUAUGCUGGCAACAUAUAGAGGAAUAUACAUCAUUAUUUAGUCCACUCUGUUGUGGAGAAACAGCUUGGCCACAAAUUGGAGAUUCGCGUAUAUUUAAUCAUUUGACAUACAACUCUGAAUUAAAGUAUCACAGUAGUGCACUUUUAGCUACUGCUUUGGAUACAUUGACUAUUAGAUACAGGCGAAAAGAAUAUUCAAAUGUAGUUUUAUCUGAUUUAUGUGCUGAUCUCAAUAAACUGGGUCGAAAAGCAACCGCGACGACCUUGACUUUACCGUUCCCUAUGACCGCUAAAGCAGAUUUGAUUGAUGUGCUUGACGAUUUCGAAGGGCCAUUGUGGACAAGUUUAACACCGAAUUGUGAUAUAUCAAUGGACAAAAAUAUGCAAAGUAUAGUAUUACGAGGAAUUUCAGAGGAAAGGUUAAAACGACCUAUUUCCCAUGCAAUGAAACAAAUGUUAAAACCAGCAUAUAGAUGCUCUACUGUGCAUGAAAUGAUGAUGCUUUAUUUAGCAUGUACUUGUCAUGCAUCUGCAACUUAUUUGUCAAAUAUUUCUUCACCGAUGUACAUAAAAUCUCCAUAUCCAAAAAUAUUCAAUAACAACAUUACUGAAACUGGAGAUGUUAUUGGAUGGCCAAUAGGAACAGAUGUUCAAUCUGUUCCUGUUAUGGCCGGUUUACACAGCGGAAACAAUCUUAGUGCAAUGUAUGAAUCUUUACAUAAUCAAUUGAGCAGAAUAAGAAGCAUAAAGAAGUUUCAUGCAUUUACAGAUUCUGGUUUGGAAGAGGACGAAUUCAAUGAAUGCCUCAAUUAUUUGCUCGAUUGCAAAGAAAAUUACGAAGAUCAUUACAUUUAACUAUUAAUUUUAUCGACAAUUAAUUUCAUAUUCCUCUAUCAUAAUACAAUUUUCCAUUUAUAAAAGAUUUGUCACUUUAACUCCCUAUUAUUUCCAUUACAUAAUGUUGAUUAUUAAACCAAACAUCUCAUGAACAAAAAAAUUAGUAGCAUUUAUCGAAAAAGGUAAACGUAUAAAUAACUCGGCUUUUUUCUCCUGUAAAUUACUGUCUGAAACGUCCCUAAAAGUGGGAGCGGCAAGGCACACCCUAAUUAUUAGAUUUCGUAUUGAACAUUGGAAGUGUUGGCGAAAACUCAGUUGUAAGCUUUAAGUGGUAAAUGAAACAUCGUAGUAUAAUAAGUAAACUAAUAGUUAUCCUUGUGUCGAACGUUUAUUAUUAUUGAAUAAAAUGGGGAAUAAAAUAGCUACAUUUACUGAAGAGCAAUUAGAAGAUUAUCAAGAUUGCACGUUUUUUACUCGAAAGGAAAUCUUAAGAAUAUUUAAACGAUUUCGAGACAUGGGAGAUCCUGGGGCAGUUCCACGAUCCAUGACGCCUCAACAGGCAUCAACUCUUCGUAUACCACUAUCUUGUUUAACACGCAUACCAGAAUUAAAGGAAAAUCCGUUUAGACAACGAAUUUCAGAGGUAUUCGCAAAAUGCCAAAGUUCGGAAUUGUCAACGUCCGUUGCUUCAGACGAAGGAAUUUGCUUCGAGGAAUUUCUCGAAAUGAUGUCCGUUUUCUCAGAACAAGCACCCAGAGAUUUGAAAGUGUUUUACGCCUUUAAAAUUUACGGUACGAACCACCAUGUGAAUCAGCAAUCAAACGAUUUUGACGAAGAUGGAGUACUGGGAUUGAAUGAUUUAGAACGCACCUGUCGACAGCUGGUUCAAGAUGAUUUAAAUGCCGACGAAGUGGCCACUGUGUGUCGAAAAGUUUUGGAGGAAAGCGACAUCGACGGCGACGGUGUUUUAUCGUAUCUGGAGUUCGAGCAUGUUGUAACGAGGGCUUCAGAUUUUAUGGCAACUUUUCACAUAAGAAUUUAAUUUUCACCGUUACAGAAAAUCAAUAAAACUUUUACUGCCAGUUAACAUAGAAUCUCU